AUAGUCUUUUUCACACAUAACCAAUUUGUCUUUUUUUCCCUAAACAGUGCCCUAAACCCUUUUUUGUGUAUACACACAGGUUCUAUAAGUAUUUAUAGGAUUUUAGGUUUCUUGUAUUGUGCAGGUAAACUCUUCUUAAAUGGAUGAUCAAGAUGACGAUUGGAAAAUUCUUCUUUCUGCUUUAAAGGAUGGUGGCGUGUUUGUUGGAGAGGAUGAGGACGAGGACGAAGAGGAGGAUGAGGACGAGGAGCGUGACGAUGAACAUGUUAACAAUGAUAAUGUAAAGACGGAUUUGGCAUGCCCGUUUUGUUCAGAAGAUUUCGAUAUGCUUGGAUUGUGCUGUCACAUUGACAGCGAGCAUCGCAUAGAGGCCAAGACCGGGAUAUGUCCUCUAUGUGCUACCAAGGUGCGAACGAAUAUGGCUACACAUGUCAUCGUGCAACAUGAAAGUAUAUUAAAAGCACUUAGCAAAAAGAAACAUCAAAAUGGUAGAUCUGUCUCAGCCUUAUCCUUACUGAGGAAAGAGUUGCUGAGUGCUUACUUGGAAAAGAAGUCCAGCCAUGUUAGUCCUUCCUCAAAUACGGAAAACAACCAGUUACUUUUAUCAUUUGUCGGCAAUCAGCAGGCUGCCAAAAGAUUUCAUACAAGACAGCCCUGCACUUCAGCCGAAGCAUGUUUAUCCAGGAACAGCCUAGAUGACCAUAUUGGUGAAAGAAGCUCGCAAGCAUUUCCUUCAAUGGACAAGGAUCAGGAAGAGAAGGUCCAGAGAUCUGAAUUUGUGAAAGGACUAUUGUUCUCCACCAUACUUGACGACUGUCUAUGAGACUGAACCAUGCUGCUUCUUUUCCGUUCUAUGGCUAAAUAGCACAGCUCUUUGAAGAUGCUCCUCGAGAUAUGCUGAUAAUUUUACUAGCAGCUAGAAGCUGUUAGAUGGAGUUAAAGCUGUCCUCGCCUCCUAUUGACUUGCUCCCAUUUGGAUGACGUGGUUGCUUAUGCGAAGAUAUGUCCAGUUAAUAUGCUUUAACAUAAGAACCUGUUUCGAUUGACGUGACUUUGGCAUGCUAUUUCUUUUUCCUUCUUUUUUUUCCUCAGCUUAUGUAGCUUAUACUCCAUCAUCUUCUUGACUAUCCUGACUGAAAAUAGAAGUUCUUCAUUCUUGUAGUCAGAUCCAAAAUGAUUGAUUAUAAAGAAGCAUGCUUAUGGUCAUUGUCACAUUCUGCAAAAGAAAUUAGAUGUGAUUCUUUCGAUUCA